AUGUUCCUCACCUUCUCGGCCAGCAAGAAGAAGCCAGACGUAUCCACGUUGAGGGGAACGAGGCCCCUUGAAGAGGUACUCGUACGCAAUGUACCAGAAAUCGACAACGCCAGCAGGACGGAGACGUGGGUUGUAGACAGACAACCAGGACGCCCUCUUGCCCGGAGCCAUGUCUUAACGCUCUGGGCUGGGGACCACAUGAUCGGAUCGGGCAGGAUCUCGACAAUCACGUGCCUCGCCCGGCACUGGGUCACGUUCCGACUCGCAGGCACGCGCAGCGGAAUGCGGGUCCGUGUUCCGAUCCCGUGGGCCGGUCUCAGCGGCCACGCGUCCUACACUCACACGACUCAGUUCCUCACGUUAUCACCGAGCCCGGAACCACAUGAGGCCUUCAGGAACUCCCCGGACUUCGCGGAUCCCGAUGCCAAUCCAUACGAAUUCGAACUCACCGCUGGGAAAGAGAUCCGCCUCCGGGCGCAAUUGCAGUCCAAUCCGGACGCAACAGACCAAGUUGACGAGGCGAGAGAGGAGGGCCUAGAUAUGAACUAG